CUCGAGUCUUGUGCUUGCUACUGUACUCGUAUCAAGCGCAGCUCAAUGCGCCAACUGCGUUCAAUGUGAUCGGCGUCUUUUCUAUUCUUGUUGUUUGAGCGCACACUUGUUCUUGUACAAUCAUUCUUGACCAUGUCUCUAUUCGGCUCAUCUCCCACAGAAACCGCGCCCCUAAACUCCAAGUCCUUGUUCGGCGAUGAAUCUGCCCAAACGCCUUCCGCAUCUUCCCUCUUCGCCGAAGAUGGCGGCGAAUCACCCUGGUCGAUGCCAACGCCCAAGCGGAAUGCCAGACAGAAUUUGGUGAAGAACCUUCUCCCGGCCACCGAUGUACCUGAAUAUUACGUCGAUGCUUACGACGUAGUACUGAAUGGGAGCGAGCGAACGGGAGUGGGCGUCAGCUUGACCGCAAUCAGGAGCAUUAUACAAAGCAGCAAUCUGAGCGAACAGGAGCAACAUAAGAUUCAAAACUUCGUAAUACCGGGAGGACAGGAAAGUGCCAAUGGAGUUGGCAGGAGCGAGUUCAAUGUACUGCUUGCGCUCAUCGGGCUGGGUCAAGAGGGCGAAGACAUCACCCUUGACGGCGUCGAUGAGAGGCGGCGAAAGUUGCCCGAACCCAAGGUGGGCUACAUAGAUGAACUGCGAUCACAUGCCCGGCCACAGCCCAGCCUUCCACAAGCUUCGAAACCGACCCCUGUGAAACCGCAAAAGCCUCGACAAGAGUCGUUCGGAAACGAUCCAACAUCAGAUCCAUGGGCUAGUCCGUCCAACAAUAGACUGCCACCUCCAUCUACCGCUGCCCACACCAUGGCGUCCAAUGGAUUGCCAGACGACGUUAAGAGCGUUCCCAAUGGCAUUGGAAGGACUACAAGUAUAUUCACUACGAAGGGCGAUCAAUCCAGCACUAACAGUGGCUCUCCAAAUGAUACCUCAUCGGGCAGCGCAGGUGCAGGUUGGAACAGUUAUAAUGGCAGCUCAGGAGGGUUCCCAGCGCCAUCAACUCUUGGUGGGGGGUUCGGAGAUCAGGGUGACGAUCAGUCCAACGCUCCAGGUCAUCGACCUCAGGCCUCCGUUUCUCAGAGCAUCACGCUACCUCCAGGUACCGGCGAAAGUGUCACAGUAACCAUGUUACCAGAGAAGGAAGGCAUGUUUUUAUUUCAACAUCGCAACUAUGAAGUCAAAACCAUUCGACGAGGGAGCACCGUCGUCAGACGGUACAGUGACUUCGUUUGGCUGCUUGACUGCUUACAAAAGCGGUACCCAUUCCGGCGCCUGCCAUUGCUGCCACCAAAACGGGUUCAAGUAAAUGGUACACACCUUUCAGCCGACGCAGCUGUCUUCUUGGAGAAAAGAAGAAGAGGCUUGGUCAGGUUCACAAACGCUCUUGUCCAACAUCCCAUCUUGAGCCAGGAAACGCUGGUAGUGAUGUUCUUGACCGUUCCUACUGAACUAUCUGUUUGGCGAAAGCAAGCCACGAUAUCUGUACAGGAAGAAUUCACAGGCAAGAGCCUUCCCCCUACACUUGAGGACAGUCUACCAGACAAUCUCCCGGAAAUUUUCGAAGAAGUCCGCGCUGGCGUGAAGCGAUCGGCUGAGAUAUACAUCAACCUAUGUAUUUUGUUGGAAAGAUUGGUGAAGCGCAAUGAGAAUAUUGCGGCGGAGAAUGCAAAAUUCAGCACUGCGCUAUCCCACCUUACAGAAGCCACCACCGCAACUUAUGCAAUUGACACAAAUGACGUACCGCUUCUGAAUGAGGGUAUCACUUCAACCUCGAAACACCUGUCCACUUACCAGACACUAUUGGAUGACGAAGCAAAGGCAUGGGAUACAGGAGUCCUCGAAGACUUGAAAGCAAUCCGCGACAGCUAUGUCUCGAUGCGCGAUAUGUUCGACAGGCGGGAUCGGUACGCGCGAGACAAUAUACCUCAACUUGAGCGACGAAUCGAAGCGUCAGAACACAAACUACAACAAUUGCGACAAAAGCCCCAGGGCCAAGUCAAACCAGGAGAAAUGGAGAAAGUUGAAAGCAGUAUUAUGGCGGAUAAGGAGAGUAUCGUACAGCAACAUGCCAGAGGAGUAUUCAUCAAGGAGUGCGUGAGGGAUGAAAUUGUGACUUUCCAGACUUCCAUUUACGCUAUCACCCGUAUGCAUCAGGACUGGAGUCAAGAGCGGGUCAAGUAUGCUGAGUUACAGGCGAGUAAUUGGAGGAGUAUGGUUGAUCAACUUGAGAGCAUGCCAGUACAGGACUGAGCAGUGUCUUGAAGCGCUGGACUUCUGCACUUUCGCACCCGAGACCUGUAUCUUCGUAUUCUUAUUCGAGUUACCCUCUGAGGGAGGCAUGAUCGGUAGUAUAUGCCAGCAAUACAUAAUAUGCAUGUACUUCAAUCAUUGCAGUCGGGAUGUUGUAGAAUUUAC